AUGCCGUCUAUCGCCUUGCGCGCCGCUUUGGCGCUUCCUGCCCUUGCUCCUGUCGCCAAUGCGGCUUAUUCCAUUGCAAGCAAUGACGACAUCAAGACGACUGCUAAAUCACUUGCUUAUGACACCAUGAGCUACUACAAGGGAAACACCUCGGGCCAGACGCCUGGUAUCCUGCCCGGGCCUCCUCCUGCCGGUGAUUACUACUGGUGGGAGGCCGGUGCCCUGUGGGGCGCAAUGAUCGACUACUGGCACUUCACCGGCGACAGCACCUACAAUGAUGUCGUGACGGAUGCCAUGCUCUUUCAAGGCUUCUGGGGCAUGUCCGCCAUGACUGCCGCCGAAAACAACUUCCCCAAUCCGCCCUCAGACGAGCCUCAGUGGCUUGCCCUCGCCCAAGCCGUCUUCAACACACAAGCAGAUCCUAUAAGACAUGACAAUACCUGCAACGGUGGUCUGCGCUGGCAGAUUCCCCUGUCGAAUAACGGAUACGAUUACAAGAACAGCAUUGCGAACGGCUGCUUCUUCAACCUCGGUGCACGGCUGGCUCGCUACACCAACAAUCAGACCUACGCCGACUGGGCCGAGAAGACUUGGGACUGGGUUCGAGGUGUCGGGUUCAUGGAUGCUGACUACAACAUUUACGAUGGUGCUCAUGUCGGUACUAACUGCACCGACAUAAACAAGGCUCAGUUUUCCUACAACAACGGCGUCUUCCUGCUCGGUGCCGCUCACAUGUACAAUUACACGAACGGAGACGAGACCUGGAAGUCGCGUGUGCAGGGACUCCUUGACGCCACCAUCAAAGUCUUCUUCCCCGACAACAUAGCCUACGAAGUGGCUUGCGAAGAGCACAUGACUUGCACGACCGACAUGCUGAGUUUCAAGGGCUACGUUCACCGGUGGUUGGCUACCAUGACCCAGAUUGCACCCUUCACGCACGACCAGAUCAUGAAUGUCUUGGAAACUUCGACGCAGGCGGCCAUCAAACAGUGCACAGGGGGUACGUCAGGCACUCAGUGCGGGUUCCAGUGGUCCAGUGGCUCGUUCGACGGCAGCGUAGGCGCUGGGCAGUCCAUGAACGUCUUGGGCGCUGUUUCUUCACUGCUGGUUGCAUCAGUCGAGGCACCCGUAACCAACGCCACAGGUGGCACAAGUGUCGGCAACAACAACGCCGGUUCUUCGUCUGACAGUUUCAUGGGAGACUCGAGACCGCCAACCACUGGCGACAAGGCCGGUGCAUCGAUCCUCACAAUCCUGGUCCUGGUCGCUGCCGGGGGCACCUUUGGAUGGAUGUCGACAGGCAUAUAA